AUGCCUUUCCCCUCAAAAGUAGCGCUCGUCACCGGCGCCUCCUCCGGCAUAGGCGCCGCCCUCACAGCCCGCCUCAUCGCCAACGGCACCUUCGUGAUAGCAGUCGCCCGCCGCAAGGACCGGCUCCAGACCCUCCUCGACGCCCACGGCCCGGACAAGGUCGCCGCGGAGCCCUACGACAUGACGGACCUCGAAGGAAUGCCCGAAAUAACAACAACCUACCCGGCCCUGGACACCAUAAUCCUGAACGCAGGCAUCCAGCGCUCAAUCGACUUCACCUCCCCCACCUCCAUCUCCCUCCCCAACAUCACCUCAGAGCUGACGACGAACUACCUCGCCCCCCUCCACCUCAUCACCCACUUCCUCCCCCAUCUCCAGUCCGUCGCGCCGACCCAGACACACGUCGUCCUCGUCUCCUCCGGCCUCGCCCUCGUCCCCAUCCCCCGCUGCCCAAACUACUGCGCCACGAAAUCAGCCCUGCACUCCCUCGCCUGGACCCUCCGCACCCAGCUCGCCGCGCACGACGCCUCGUCCCACGUCCGCGUCAUUGAGGUUGUCCCCCCCGCCGUGCAGACCGAGCUGCACUCCGUCCAGCCGGACCUUGUCGCCGCGGGGCAGGCUAACUUUGGCAUGCCGCUGGAGGAGUUUACGGAGGAGACGUGGACGGCGUUGGAGGAGGGCAAGGAGGAUGAGAUCAUCGUCGGGCCGGCUAAGAAUUUUGCGCACGUUGAGACGGACAGGAAGAAAAUGUUUGACAAGAUGGCUGAGAUGUUCAGGAGCGGAUCAAAGAUUUGA